AUGGUUCGACGAUUUCAGCAGGCUGUGGCCCUCGUUGCAGCCACUGCCACUGGUGUUUUGGCAGCCUCGGAGAACAUGGGCCCUGCCUCGUUCAUGUGGCCACCUGACAGAGCCUGGUCUGAGCACACUGACAAUGAGGGGCCUUGUGGUUCUAUCCACAGGGUUCUUGAACGGACGAAGUUUCCUUUGAGCGGCGGAAGAAUAGCCUUGACAGCCCAAGAUGACUCCUACCACGCCCAGAUGAGCAUCUCAUUCCAUAAUGACCCCCAAGAGCAAAAGGACUUUGGCUUCGUCCUGAACACAACGCCCAUCACAGAGAUCGAUCCAGGGCACACCUGUCUGACCAUUCCUGACCCUCCAUCGACCAUUGCCCCCGGAACCAAUGCGACCAUCCAGCUCAUGUAUAUUGCCGACUUUGACCGGCCAGAGAACCAAACCUUCUAUGCCUGUGCCGACAUCCAAUAUGUCCGCGCUGCCGACUUCCCACAAGACACAAUCCCGUGCUUCAACGCAACCGACUCUGAGAACGACGUCCCGGCACCCACUGCCACUGGUCUCCCGACCAACCUCCCGGGUCACGGCGACAAUGGUCCUCCUCUCAACACCGCUGACCCAGAGCCAUCGAGCAGCUCUGUCCCAUCGAACAACAACGGCAACAACAACAACAACAACAACAACACCCCCAUUGAGUCUGUCAAGACCGGUCUCUCCAAGGGUGCUAUCGCCGGUGCGGUGAUUGGUUCCAUUCUUGGUGUCGCUGCCAUCAUUGGCUUGGCUUUCCUGUUCUAUCGUGAGCGCCAGAGAAAGAACAGACUUAUUGCCCAGCGUGACUCUGGCAGGGGUGUCCCUUGGGUUGAGGACCCUCCCAAGAAGUCGAAUAUUUCUGCUGAUAGUGUGGUUUUGGGGACGAGGUUGUAG